AUGACAUUCACCUCAUCACUGAUCACUGCGGUGCUAGUCAGCGCCAGCCUGCCUCUCGCCGCUUGCCUACAGCUCGAUAUCAACAACGACGCCUCAGUCAAGACAGCCUCAGCCGACUUAGCCUUCGGGCUUAUGUCAUGGUAUCACAACAAUGCUACUGGUAUGGCGCCCACGGCGGUAGGUGUUUUCCCAGAGCCGCUUUACUGGUGGGAAGCUGGUGCUGUCUGGGGAGCCAUGAUCGACAAUUGGGCCUACACUGGUGAUCGGAGUUACAUACCGACCAUUACGCAAGGACUUCUCGCCCAAACGGGACCUGACAAUAACUUCAUGCCCCCGGCCUACUUUUCGUCGCUAGGAAAUGACGAUCAGGCUUUUUGGGCAUUGGCCUCACUGUCGGCGCUGGAAUACGACUUUCCCAUUCCAGAGGGCAAGGCAAGCACGAUAUGGCUGGAUUUGUCUCGAGCAGUGUUCAACUCCAUGGUUCCACGAUGGGACACCACUUCCUGUAAUGGUGGUUUGAGAUGGCAGAUCUUCCCAGCCAACGCUGGUUAUGAUUAUAAAAAUACGAUCAGCAAUGCGGGAUUCUUUCAAAUUGCCGCUCGACUGGCUCGUUAUACUGGCGACACCACCUACGUCAACUGGGCGGAAAAAGCCUGGGACUGGAUGAUCAACAUUGGUCUCAUCUCCACUCCGGACUAUUUUGUAUUUGAUGGGACAGAUCCCAAGAUCAAUUGCUCCGCGAUCGAACAUACAGCUUGGAGCUACAAUCCGGCAAUGCUGCUGUAUGGUACUGCCAACAUGUACAAUUUGACCAACGGAUCGCCGGUCUGGGCAGACCGAACCACUGGACUCCUGACAUACAUUGAAAAGUUUUUCUUUUCUCCAUAUCAAAAUGCAACAAACAUUAUGUUUGAGUUCGCAUGCGAACCUACUGGCGUUUGCAACAACGAUCAAGUCUCAUUCAAAGCUUAUCUAGCACGGUGGAUGGCCAAGUCUGCUAUUUUGAUGCCCACCAUCAGCGAUAAAGUCAACCGACUUCUGGCAGCUUCUGCAGUCGCAGCAGCGAGAUCCUGUUCUGGCGGUGAUAACAAACAGACGUGCGGCCAAAAGUGGUAUACUGGCGGCUAUGACGGCGCCUAUGGCGUUGGCCAACAACUGUCGGCACUAGAGACCGUACAGUCGCUUCUUCUGCUCGCAAAUCCUCAAGCACCGCUGCGUGAGGCCCGUGUCGUGGUCAACAAUCCUACCACAACAAGCACACCGCCUUCCACGCCAAUCGUGCCCGCAACUCUUCCGCCGCCCUCGACAUCAAUCCUGCCCGCAACUACUUCUCCGCUGCCACACUCGACCAUAUCGACCUCCACAACGCCUGUUCCUCAAACGCCUACCCUGAGACCCUCUACAUCAAGCACGACAUCUAUCCAAAGAGCACUACCGACGCAACCUGCAGUAGCAUCUCCUGGCAUCAACGGCUCAUCGCGCAUUACUGCACAUGAUACACGACUCAUGACUUCCUGGAAGUUCCUGAUUACUAUUAUACUAGCGUUUGUUUUCGUUGACGGCGGAUGUGGCAUUUUACAAUAG